UUCCCGGUUGUAAGGGUUAGUCAAGCUCCUUAACUUGGCUCGAUAGUGGAACUCAAAGUUAGGUCUAUAGCUUUGAAGACCAAGGACGUAGGUAGCUUAGUUCUAUCGAACCUUGUAAAUAUGGAGAAUUUGCAAUUUCAUACCCUUAAACUCUUUACUUCACAAGUUUGAUUAUUUGCUCUAUAUAAUUGCUUGCUAUAUUAUUUGCAUUUACUUGAUUAAGUUGUUAAUUGCAUAGCUUUGUGUUAAAAGUUUCAAUUUACCAAAAUUAGCUUAAUUUUUUAAUUCACCCCCUCUUGGAAACAUAUCUUGGGUUAACAAUUGGUAUCAGAGCAAGGGCUUUAUAUUUUGAUUGUAUUUCACGAUCUAGAGCAUGGUGUUUCUAAGUAAUUCACAAAAUAACAUGUUAGAAGGUUUGAGCACAAAUAAAGCAUCAUACUUUAAUGGAGUAAAUUUUCCUUAUUAGAAAAUUAAAAUGAAAACUUACCUUUAAUCUAUAGAUUAUGAUUUGUGGCAUAUAGUGUCUAAUGAUCCUUACAUUGCUAAAUAUGUUAUAAAUGGUGUAAAAGUUGUUAAGACUUAUAAGGCAUAUGAUGAGAAUGAUAAGAAAAUGCUUUCUAAGAAUGCUAGAGCUAAAUAUGCACUUAUAUAUAGUUUGGAUAUAGAUAUAAUUAAAAAUAUUGAACAAGCCUCUACCACCUUUGAUAUGUCGAAAAUGCUUGAAGUUACUCAUUAAGGAACUAGUGCUAUGAAAGAGACUAAAAUUCAAAUAUAUUCCACUUAAUAUGAGAACUUUAAGAUGAAAGAAGAUAAAACUAUUGUUGGCAUGUAUACUCGUUUUACCAUAAUUACUAAUGGUUUGAACUCUCUUGGCAAGGUACUUACUCAAAAAGAUAUGAUGAUCAAGAUUUUAAGAAGUUUCACCAAAGCUUAUUAAGGAAAAGUGGUUGUCAUCCAAGAAGCCAAGGAUCUCUCAACACUUCCCUUGGAAGAACUAAUUGGUUCACUCAUGAACCAUGAAAUUUUCAUGAGUGCUCGAGAAGAAGAGGAAGUUGAGAAGAAAAAGAAGACUGCUGCAUUCAAGUCUUCUUCCUCCCAUGCCAUUAGUGAAGAAGAUGAGGAUAGUUUAUGUAGUGACAUGGAGGACUUGGCCCUUUUCUCCAAGAAACACAAAAAGUUCAUAAAAUUCGAAAAGUACAUUGGGAAGAAGCCACAAAGAGGGAGUGACUCAAAAGAAAGAAAGAACAAAGAUGAUCCAUCAAUUUGCUUUGAAUGCAAGAAGCCUAGAUGCAUGAAAAUGGAUUGUCCAAUGAGAAAGAAGAACAAAUACAAAGCAAGGGCAAUGUUGGCGGAUUGGCUAACUAGUGAUGAGGAGGACUCCGAAAAUGAGGAGAAGAAUGAAGUGGCAAACAUGUGCAUGAUGGCACUUGAUGAUGGGUAAUCAACAAGAAAGAGUCAAAGCUUAUGGUUCUUGGAUAGUGGAUGUUCAAAGCAUAUGAUCGGUGGCCCAUUAAGAUUUUCAAGCUUUAAGAGCGAGGAAAGUGGCUUUGUCACUUUUAAAGACAAUUCAAAAGAGAAAAUCUUGGAAAUUGGUGAUAUUGGUAAUGUAUAUUGUGCAUGUAUCAAAAAUAUGCUUCUUGUUGAUGAUCUUAAACAUAACUUGCUUAGUAUUAGUCAAUUAGUAUUUUUCUUGAAGAAAGGAAGGAUAAUGUGUAUGUUAUUGAUGUUGACUCCUUUGAUAGCAAAAAUAAUUGUUUAACAGUUAUGAAUGAUAACUCUUGGGUUAUGGCAUAGGAAAUUAGGAUAUGCUAGUAUAAAUUCUAUUUCAAAAUUGGUUAGAAAAGAUCUUGAUAUUGGUUUGCCAUCUAUCCCUUUUGUCAAAGAUAAACUUUGUGAUGUAUGCCAAUUUGGAAAACAAAUUAACCACUACACCUUUGCAAUUGCUUCAUAUUGAUUCAUUUGGUCCUUCUAUAAUUACUAGUCUUGGUGGUAAAUACUAUGCAUUUGUGAUUACUGAUGAUUUUUUGAGAUUUACAUGGGUUAUUUUCUUGACACUCAAAAGUUAUACUUUGGAAAAUCUUGUUAAAUUUUGCAUGGGUGUGCAAUAUGAAAAAGGCUAUUCUAUUACCUCCAUAAUGAGUGAUCAUGGUGGUGAGUUUGACAAUGAUACCUUAGAAUUAUUUUGUGAUGAACAUGAUUUUAACCAUAACUUUUUGGCUCCAAGAACUUUACCACAAAAUGGAGUUGUCAAAAGGAAGAAUAGAACAAUUCAAGAAAUGACUAGGUCAAUGCUAAAUUAAAUUUCACUUCCAAAAUUUUUUUGGGUUGAGGCCGUUAAUACCUCUUGCUAUAUUUUGAAUCUUGUUUUCACUAGGAUCAACACGAAUAAAGCUCCUUAUGAGCUUUAGAAAGGGAGAAAAUCUAACAUUGGCUAUUUUAGAGUUUUUGGAUGUAAAUGCUAUAUUUUAAACACCAAUGACAACUUUGGAAAAUUUGAUGUCGAAUCCGAUGUUAGAAUUUUUAUAGGGUAUUCAACACAUAGUAAGGCUCAUAGAAUAUAUAACAAAAGAACUAAUAUUGUUGACGAAUCUAUUCAUGCUACUUUUGAUGAGAUUAACCCGCCUACAAGCAAAAGCUUAGAUGAUGAUGUUAUAGUUUUGGGAGAUGAGGUUCAAAAUUUCGAUAUUGGAGAGUCUUCCAAUGCUCCAUCACAAAC